CUGCUGUGCAUGAUGGGAAAACCGCGUCCGUAAAAUCGCCAUAUUUGCUUCAUGCAAGCUAGCAAGCUGUAAACAACAUCUUUUGAAUGAUAACUUCGGCUUUAUCGGCUGGUAGAGUGGACAAGCGUGUUUAUAUUAUAUACCAAUAACUUGAGAAAGGAAGUGUGGAACUACACUCCAGGUACAACCCUUUGCAAUCGCGUUAGAUAUACGUCCUACUAGCUUAGCGCUCAACGAGUGGAGUAGUCAACAUGGGCCGCUCUCGAAGCCGAAGCUCAUCUAGGUCAAAACACUCCAAAAGCAGCAAGCACAGUAAGAAAAGGAGUCGGUCGCGAUCCAGAGACAGGGAGAGGUCCAAGAAGCGUUCCAAGUCGAGAGAAGCUAAAAGGAACAGGCGCAGAGAAUCUCGUUCCCGGUCCCGGUCUGCCACAACCUCGUCUCGCAGGGACAGAGCGGCAUCCCCGCCGGAGCGCAUCGACAUAUUUGGAAGGACAUUGAGCAAGAGAAAUGCCCUAGACGAGAAACAGAGGAAGGAGGAGGAAGAACGGAAAGCUGAAAUGGAACGGCAAAGAAAAAUUCGUCAACAGGAGAUUGAAGAAAAGCUUAUUGAAGAGGAGACAGCACGGCGAGUGGAGGAGCUGGUGGCCAAACGGGUGGAGGAGGAGCUGGAGAAGCGUAAGGACGAGAUUGAGCGAGAGGUGUUGCGUCGCGUUGAGGAGGCAAAGCGCAUCAUGGAGCGGCAGCUGCUGGAGGAGCUGGAAAGACAGCGACAUGCUGAGUUGGCGGCACAAAAGGCCAGAGAGGAGGAAGAAAAAUCGAAGCGGGAGGAGCUUGAAAAAAUCUUGGAGGAGAAUAACCGUAAGAUUGCAGAGGCCCAAGCAAAGCUGGCUGAAGAUCAGUUGCGCAUUGUGGAAGAGCAAAGAAAAAUUCAUGAGGAGCGCAUGAAACUGGAGCAGGACCGACAAAAGCAGCAGAAGGAGGAGCAGAAAAUGAUCCUUGGCAAGGGCAAGUCUAGACCGAAGCUGUCCUUUUCCCUCAAGGCCACUGAAUGAAGGAGCUGCCCUUCAUCCCCACCUAGCUUUGCUCCUCAUCAACUCCAGUCCUCUUAUGCUGGCUGCUCGCUUCAUUUUGGAAGUGCUGAAUGAAGGAAGAGAAAAAGUGACUCAGCAUAGUGUUUAAACUUCAAAUUCAUGUAAAGGUCCAAAUCUUCCCUUACUAGCACCGAAGAGCAGAAAGACCUUAGAUGGACAAUGACUGCUGCAUUUUUUUUCUGUCCUGCUAUACGCCCACACAAACACAAAAUAAUCAAUUCAUGCAUACUUUCAUUUUCAUUUCUUUUUUUAGGGAAUGUGAACAUUUUGAUGUAGAGAAUGCUGCAACAUGACAUUUCCCCUAUAAAUAAGUCUUAACUCCUCACAUCUACAAAAGCAAAACAUGGGGCACAAUACGAGUCACGAAUGUGGGGGAUCGUUGUGACUUGUAGUUCAGAUUACUGUAAAUUUUUAUGUGAAGCUUGGGAGUCUCCAAUUUUAAAAAUGUGUCUACGUAGGCAACAAAUUCGAGCAAAGCCUUGAAAAAUCAGUUUCCUGCAAUCCCUAUUCGUGCGUACGUUUAGCUUAUUUGUCUGGGUCAUGUUCACACUGGUUUUCUAUUGUACAUGACUACAACCGGGUUAAGAGAAAGUGAAGCACAUUGGGAUGAAUUUAGUCCAGAUAAGUGAAAUCUUCCUUCCCAAGCUGUCCAUGGCAGACGCCUAAACCCCAAUUUUGUUUUUUUUUCUUAUGUGAUAAGGAUUGUGGUGUCAUUUUGUGAAUCCUUGCUGUGACGUGCUUCCCCCCCGCUCAAUUUUUUCACAUUCUUUUAAAAUGAUCCACAAUGCUCAAACAGGUCACAGAAAUAACAAGGUAUUUUUCAGGCGAGGACCCAGUGACUUAAGAAUUGCCAAACUGUGUCCAUUAUGUUCUUUAGCUGUCAAAUUGUGAAUUAACUUGGCAAGUUGCAUCCCUUGGUAGGUCUGGAAUGGUAAAGGAAGGCCAAAAUCAGGUAAGAUGUGUAUUGAGGUCAGUGAGUCGUGUGUGUGCGUGCGUGCGUGCGUGCCUGCCUGCGUGUGUGUGUGUGUCCGUGCGCUUGUCUGUUAGUGUGACUAGCUGACCUCGGGUGGGUAUACCGAUUUGUGUGGGUUUCGUGUAGGUUUUUGUUAUCACUUGUCACAAGAAUAACCAAUAAAUCUGUUAAUUGAGACGUCAUUGUUAUUUACUGAGUGCAUCGUACAUGAGUCAAUGUGUGAUGUCUCAAUAGAAUUCCAGACGUUUAUCUAAAAUGUGGACACGAAUGUCACUUGCACAGCCACGAGACUAAUAACCACGGCAGUUUACAGAAACUCAAAAUGGCUUAAAGCUUGGGUUUUUCCCUAACAUCUUGAUUGCUGAACAAAAAAAAAUCCAUACUCGUUUCAAGCAGGGGUGAAAGUGGCUAGAAUUUCUUGCCGGAACUCCCCGACGUGAAGGUCGCCACCAAGCCAGAUUUUUUUUU